GAGAUCCCUUGUAUAACAAAUGAAAACGCUCCUCCGCUUUAUUCUCCGUCUCUCGGAAGAAAGAUUCCUCUUCGUUUGAUUCUUCCAGCUGUUUCCUUCAGAUUCAUUCCCUCAGGUUGACAAUGGGUCAAACAUUUCGCAAGCUGUUCGAUACCUUCUUCGGCAAUCAGGAGAUGAGGGUCGUUAUGCUGGGUCUGGAUGCAGCUGGCAAAACAACGAUACUCUACAAGCUGCACAUAGGAGAGGUUAUGUCCACUGUUCCCACAAUCGGUUUCAAUGUGGAGAAAGUACAGUACAAGAAUGUGAUGUUUACAGUUUGGGAUGUUGGUGGCCAAGAAAAGCUCAGGCCCUUGUGGAGGCAUUACUUCAACAAUACCGAUGGACUUAUAUACGUGGUGGACUCCUUGGACCGAGAGAGAAUUGGCAAAGCUAAGCAAGAGUUUCAGGAGAUCAUAAAAGACCCAUUCAUGCUCAACAGUGUCAUUCUAGUGUUUGCAAACAAACAAGACAUGAGAGGAGCCAUGUCUCCACGAGAAGUAUGUGAAGGGCUUGGCUUGUUAGAUCUCAAGAACAGGAAAUGGCAUAUACAAGGCACAUGUGCUCUUCAGGGAGAUGGUCUCUAUGAAGGCUUAGACUGGUUAUCCUCUACGCUCACAGAGGUUAGAGCCGCUGGUUACUCAUCGGUUGGUCCCUCAUUUUAACUUUACUUUGUCCUCCAAAAGCCAGCUAGCUCAUGGUGUCUCAGUCUCUUCACCAUUUAUAUACUUUUGGCCUCUGAUAUGGUCAUGUCACACAGUCAAAAACUCUUUAAGACUUUUGUAAUGGAAGUGUUUUUUUCUCUCUCUUUUGGUCUCCACUCUCCACAUUGCUCUGAUUCUGAUUCUGAAAGCUAAUGUUAGUAUCAAGUAGGCUUCUAUUUGCAUGAUAUGACAUUGGAACUUCAUUGUAUAUUGUGAUGGAAAAGUAUAUGGGAUUCUUAUUGUCCCUUUAAGCUUUAA